ACGACAAUGGCGAGGGGGCAGGGGUGCCGUUGGGGUUGCUGGCUAGGGUGAUGCAACGCGGCAUCGUGGACCGUCGUUGCAUGGGAAGGAAUCUGGUGCGGCCGUGAGCAUUGUGAUCCUAUUAUGGCGAAAGAAGAUAGUUUCGUUUUGUGAUUGAAAUAGAAAGAGAGAGAGAGAGAGAGAGGGAGAGAGUUGUUGUUGUUUGUUAUUUACGAUGGCUGAAUUGGUGGCUCGAACGGGUCGGCAUCAGCAACGAUAUGAACACGGUUAUCGCCUUAUUGCCGGGUGUGUUCCAUUUAGGUACAAAGAUGGUGAUGACUGUAGGGACUCUUGUUCUAAGAAGAUUGUUGAAGUGCUUAUGAUUAAUUCACCCAGUGGUCCAGGUCUUUUGUUUCCAAAGGGAGGGUGGGAGAAUGAUGAAACUGUUGAGGAGGCUGCUGUAAGAGAAGCUAUUGAAGAAGCAGGAGUUCGAGGAGAACUAAUGGAUUUUCUAGGGUACUAUGAAUUUAGGAGUAAGACUCACCAAGAUGAGUUCAGUCCAAAAGGUCUAUGUAAAGCAGCAAUGUUUGCCUUGUUUGUCAAGGAGGAACUAGACUCGUGGCCUGAGAAAAGCACCAGGAAUAGGAGUUGGUUGGCUGUAACAGAAGCACUAGCAAGUUGCCGGCAUGCAUGGAUGAGGGAUGCCCUGCAAUGCUUCUCUAAAUGGCAUGAGGAUAAGUUAGUGAAUGCAAGGGACAAUCAAGAUCGAACUGAUAUGCUGACUACUCACUUGUAG